AUGAAGAACCGGUACUUAAACUUUUCGCCGGAUCAUCACUUCGGGAGUGGAGAGAAGAUGACACUGAACAACUUCAUUCAGCGCCAUCAGAAGAUGGACAAGCGGGAGGUGAAGGCAGAGGGCGUGGACAGCGACGGCAACCCCGUGAAAUUCGGCUACACGCUGCACGAGAAUCCCAUCGAAGGGCAGGAGACGGACGGAGAUGUAACGGCUUGUUUCGAGCUAUCGCUGAAGUUUGUGCGUGCUGUCGACAAGGAGCUGGAGUGGCGGAUGAAGGACCUGGAGGAGCUGGAGGGGUCGUUGUUUUCCCAUCUGCUUCUGCUGUGUUCUCUCGUAACAAUCGGCACACUCUCAUAUCUUCUCGUCUGGUCGCUUGUGUAUCUCCUGGAUUGUUUUGUUUAA